GUGUCUAGACGCAAACACCGCAGCCGUGCACAGGGUGCCCCCUCUUCCACUCUAUUCUGUCAUUGUACAAGGCCUAGCUUUGCAGCCAGGCGGGUCUUGAUUAAGUCCUAGCCCGGUAUCUCGGCAGUGUCUCGGCAGAGAGCUCUCUCCUCCAGGUGUGUGAGGCACCUGGCCCGGGGCCCCACGGCAGCGCACAGGCAGGGAGAGGGGGCUGGCGCAUGAGCAGAAGGGGUGGGCGGGGCCGAGUCGUUUCCAGGGAGACCCGAUGGCUCCGGCGGCCUGGUCUUGAGCUAAGGAGACUCCGGCACGGUUGGGGGCGCGCUCUCCGAGCCCUAAGCCCUGGUGCAGCCUGCAGGAUUUCUGAGGACGCGUGGUGGUCCCGGGCUUCGCCUCCAGGUUGGGAGAGGACAGACAUGAAAAGGGAUUGUUCCUCCACCACCCCGGACUACAGCUCCACAGGCCCGCUGGAGGAGCAGACCGGCCAGCCCCCUGCUGCGGAGGACCCCGGGCGCCCGGACAGCUGUGGCCUCGUCACUGCAAGGAAUGGACCAGUGUCCCAGGAGGAGGAGGCUGAGGAGUCUGGGGGGUGCCUGAGUGAGCAGCACCUGAAGGUGGCCCCCAUCCAGCUGGUCCGAGGUGUGCAGACCUGGCCGGACGGCUGUGUCUACCAGGGAGAGUUUGGGCUCAAUGUGAAGCUUGGGUAUGGCGAGUUCUCCUGGCCCACAGGUGAGGCCUACCGUGGGCAGUUUUACCGUGACCACUGCCACGGCCUGGGCACCUACACGUGGCCGGACGGCUGCAGCUUCACUGGCACCUUUUACCUCAGCCAGCGGGAAGGCUACGGCAGCAUGAGCCUGAAGACGAGGCUCUUCCAGGGCCUGUAUAAAGCGGACGUACGAUUUGGGCCCGGCGUCGAGACCUACCCCGAUGGUAGCCAGGACGUGGGGCUGUGGUUCCGCGAGCACCUCAUCAAGCUGGCCACGGAGAUGCCCGGCAGCUUCUCAGUGCGCAGCUACCCGGAGUUCUCCGCCUUCCUCACACGCUCACGGGACAGGAUCAGCCUCUCAGACCAGGAGAGAGCGGAGUGGGGCCCACCUGAGGGGCAGGACCCCUUCUUUUAUGAGUAUAAGCGCUUUCUCCUGAAUGAUAACCUGACGCUGCCCAUGGAGAUACAGGUCUACUCAACUGAUUACUGCCACCUGCCCAUGACAAGCUCUUUCCGCAGAGAGCUGGACGCCCACAUCUUUAUGGAUGGCAUCCCGCCAUUUGUCGACGAUGGGGAACCCUGGUUUAUAAUGAACGAAACACCUUUAUUGGUCAAAAUCCAGAAGCAGGCAUAUAAGUUCAGGAACAAGAAAGCUCACACCAACUGGAACAUGGGCGCCAUCUUGGAGGGGAACCGCAGUGGCUUUGCAUGCAGUGGGCCCAAGGAGCAAUUUUCCCAAGAGAUGAUCUUGAAGGCCGAGGAAGGGGACUACGACUGGAUUUAUGGGAUUCUGAAGGACAAUCUUGCCUAUGCUGAUGUGGCUGAUUCAAAGGGCUAUUCUGUGCUUGCUGCAGCCGCGGUGCACUGCCACAAUGACAUCGUCAGCCUUCUCCUGGACCACGGGGCCAACGUGAACGGGUUCACAGAUGAGGGCCUCACACCACUCAACAUGUGCUUCCUCCUCUACUACCCCAGUGAGUCCUUCAAGCCCAACGUUGCUGAGAGGACCAUACCCCAGGAAAAUCCAAAGUCCCUUCUCAUCCCCAAAUCUUCGCCCUUGUGUGUGGAGACGAACGUGCAGUCCACCUACGAAAUAGUGGAACCCACCCCAGCCAGCAGGGAGCAGAAGCCACCGUCAAGCCCCUCGGGCAGCCAGGAGGAUGGGCCAGCCUUGAGUGCUUGGCAGUCUUUGGAGUCCAGCUCCCCUUCGGGACAGGGCACUCUCAGUGACAGGGAGAGAGGGCAGGAGGACACGUCAGGAGGCCCGGAAGCGUCCACCGUGUGUAGUGAGGUGCACUUCGACUCCAACCUGUGUGUGCACAACUACUCCAUCCGGCUCUCGAGGGACAUGCUGGAGAAGAGUGCCCAGGUCUACAGCACGCUGCAGAGCCCUGCUGUCCCGGACAAGGGCACCAUGAGGAGGAUGGCGUGGUCCAUGGUCGAACACAGGUGCCGGUGGCUGACCAUCAAGCUGCUUCUGCACCGAGGCGCAGACCCCAACCUGUGCAGUGUGCCCAUGCGAGCCCUGUUCUUCGCCGUGAAGGCCGGGGAUGUGGAUGGGGUGCGGUUGCUGCUGGAGAGCGGGGCCAGGACCGACAUCCGGUACCCGCCCCAGCUGAGGGCCCUGACCCCGCUCCACAUCGCUGCCGCCCUCCCAGGGGAAGAGGGCGUCCGGAUCACAGAGCUGCUGCUCCACGCCAUCACUGAUGUGGACGCCAAGGCGGCUGACCAGGACGAGCUGUACAAGCCGGGCAAGCUGGAGCUGUUGCCCUCAAGCCUGAAGCUCAGCAAUGAGCCAGGCCCACCCAGCAUCUACUACACGGUGAGCACGCGCGUCGUGGAGGAGGGCGGCAGGACGGCCCUGCACGUGGCUUGCGAGCGGGAGGACAACAACAAGUGUGCCAGGGACGUUGUGCAGCUCCUUCUCUCCCAUGGGGCGGAUCCCAACCUGCUGUGGAGCGGCCACUCCCCACUCUCCCUGUCCAUCGCCAGUGGGAACGACCUGAUCGUGAAGGAGCUCCUGUCCUGCGGAGCUGACCCCAACCUGCCCCUGACCAGAGGCCUGGGCAGUGCCCUGUGCGUCGUCUGUGACCUGGCCUACGAGCAGCAGAGGAGCACGGACAGCAAGAUCAUGCUGAUUGACCGGCUCCUGAGCCAUGGGGCCGACAUUCUGAAGCCGGUGACGCUCGUGCAGGCUGACAAGAUGGCAGUGGGCACAGCGGUGGACUACGGCUACUUCAAGUUCUUCCAGGACCGGAAGAUUGCCCACUGCCCCUUCCACGCGCUGUUGCCGGCGGAGCGGGAGACCUUCCUGGCCCGGAAGAGGCUCCUGGAGCACAUGGGCUUGCAGCUGCGGCGUGCUGUGCUUGCCAAGGAGCGGCAGUGGGACAGGAAGGCAAUGUCCCAGAGCAGAAAACAGCAGAGCAGUACACGCCACUGGUGAGAGCAGCUGGGAAGAGAUGGCAGAUCCUUGGAGACCUGGCCAGGGAGGAUAGGGAGAGAGUGCGGGGAGAGGCCAUGCCGGCCAGGAACAGAUCGCAAACAUGACCGCUGGACUUUGCCCUUGAAAAUCUGUGGUUUGCUUGGUUCUGUCUGGGCCGGGGUGCAUGUCCCAGGACAUUUUAUAAAGUCAUGGCGUAGUCAGCCCUUGGUCAGCAGAGCCAAUAUCUGGGCGUGGCUGUGAGCAGAGACAGAGCGAUCUCCCCGAGCACUGUCGCCCAUGGCCCAGGUUGUAGGCCUGCGGAGCAGUGCCAGGAGCCCAUGCUGGGGUGGGGAGGUACAGACAGUGCCCUGCCAGGGCCAGGGUGGCUGAGGAGACCCAAUGAGGCAUGCUGCAGUGGACUUCCUCCAGUGUCACUGCCGCGAAUCCCAGGAGAGCGUGGCCCAGGCAUGGGGCGGCAGGUGGGGCAAAGAACAGUCUGCAGAGGGACACCAGGGCCCAGGUUGGAGAGGAAGAGGCUUUGGAGGAGCCGUCACAACUGUACUGAGAGAAGGGAGGGGAAAUGGUGGUGUGCAGCCGGGGCGUCUGAGGGACACAGAGGAGGCACUCUGGAGCUGUCAGUGCGUUGCGGCCGGGGCUCCGAGGCAGUGGGGAUGCAGCAGAGGGACACUGGGGGCGCUGGCCUUGGGCCGCACACUGCGAAGAGGUCGAGCCGCACAUCCCAGAGAUCAAACCUCUCGGUGAAGUGUAGGGAGCACAGCAGGCGAGAGAGAAAGGUCAAGAGCCCUGUCUAAAUCGUGUCAUCCCCUCGGGGUUGCGGGCCGCCCCAGGCUUCCUCGGAUGUCCGUUAGCUCAGGUGUCACUCCGCAAGCAGACGAUGGCCGGCAGCCUGGGUGGUGGGCGUCAAGGCGGGAUGGUGAAGUAGUCCUCAAGUGGUUGCGGAGGGGCCGGGAGCUGGGCCAGGCCCAAGAGAGUCUGGUGCCACCUAGUGGCCUUUCUGGGGGCUGUGGGGGCUCUGAGUAGGCGGGUGGCCCUGCUGUUGUGGCUGCCCCUCCGCACGGCACUGAUGCUGGCCUCUCUGUG